AUGGAUAAUAAUAAAUUUCCUCCCCGUCAACUGCCUACCUUUCAGAUCUUCACAAAGAAAGAGCUUAAAAUCACCUUUUGUUUCCUCUUUCUCAUCCUCAUAACCCUCCUAAUAAUCCCCUUCUCAUUUCAACCUACAUCCUUGUUCUUCAGCCUAGGGUUCCGAUUCAGAUUCCGGCGACCCCCAAUCUCCGACGUCAAUUCUCUAACUAAACCCGUUUGUGAUUUCUCCAAAGGGAGAUGGGUUUGGGAUGAAACUUAUCCGAUUCAACUCUAUGAUGAAGAUUGCCCGUUUCUUGAUCCGGGUUUUAGGUGCCGGAAAAAUGGACGGCUUGAUAAGGGUUACCGGAAUUGGAGAUGGCAACCGGAAAACUGCCUUCUUCCAAGGUUCAAUGCAAGUGACUUCCUUAAUCGGAGUCGCAAUGGUAGGAUAGUUUUUGCAGGAGAUUCCAUUGGCCGAAACCAAUGGGAGUCAUUUUUGUGCAUGCUCUCUCAAGGAGUUUCUAACAAGUCUUUGAUAUACGAAGAACAUGGAAAACCUAUAUCCAAACACCGUGGUUUUCUUUCCUUUAUGUUUUUUGAGUACAACCUCACCGUUCAAUACUAUAGGUUACCUUUCCUCGUAACCAUCGAUAGGCCACCUCUUGGGGCCCCCAAAAUUGUUAAGGGAACCAUUCGAGUGGACAAAUUACAUUGGUACUUUGACCGGUGGGCUGGAGCUGACGUGCUCGUGUUUAAUGGAGGACAUUGGUGGAACUCGGACAAAACCACAAAGAUGGGAUUAUAUUUUCAAGAAGGAGAAAGUGUGAACAUGAAAAUGGAUGUCAUGGAUGCAUUUUCGAAAUCCUUGAAGACAUGGAGAUCAUGGGUACUUGCCAAUUUCAAUGCCAAAAGGGAUUUCGUAUUUUUUUGCAGCUUCGCACCCGUGCAUUAUAGGAAUGGGACAUGGAAUGAAGGUGGAAAUUGUGACGAUAACAAAGAACCCGAAACUAAGCAAGAAAAUAUUCAACUCGAACCACAAAGUAACAAUUUAGUUUCUCAAGUACUUGAAGGGAUGAAUUCCGCUCAACUCUUGAACAUAACUUAUCUUUCGGAGAUAAGGAAAGAUGGUCACCCAUCAAAGUAUCGCGAACCGGGUACCCCAAUUGACGCUCCGCAGGACUGCAGUCAUUGGUGCCUGCCCGGAGUGCCCGACACAUGGAAUGAGCUUCUUUAUGCACAUCUAUUAGCCAAGAACUUUAGAACCAUGACAACAAGAUGAAG